UGUGGAGACAGGAUGAAGUUGACAAGUGAAAAGUUGCCCAUGAACCCCAUUUAUUCAUCACUUAUAGCCCAGUAUGUGGCUAAGAGCCCAAAACUUUUGUGGAGAAAGGAAAACACCGACUACACACAUGCUCGUUUGGUGGACAAGGCAUUGAACCUAUUGAAGGAAAGAAUACUAAGAGGAGAUUCUCUUGCAUAUUUCCUAAGAGGACAACUAUAUUUUGAAGAGGGAUGGUACCAAGAAGCAUUAGACCAGUUUGAAGAAAUCAAGGAAAAAGACCAUCAAGCAAUUUACCAGCUAGGAGUAAUGUAUUAUGAUGGACUGGGGACGUCCCCAAAGGCUGAAAAAGGAGUAGAGUAUAUGAAGAAAAUUAUUGAAUCUCCAUGUCCCAAAGUGAAACACUUACAAUUUGCGGCUGCUUACAACCUUGGAAGAGCUUAUUACGAAGGAAAAGGUGUUAAACGCUCAGAGGUAGAAGCCGAAAGACUGUGGCUUUUAGCUGCAGACAAUGGAAAUCCGAAAGCUAGUGUGAAGGCUCAAAGUAUCCUAGGAUUAUAUUACUCAACAAAGGAGCCAAAAGAGUUAGAAAAGGCAUUUUACUGGCAUUCUGAAGCAUGUGGCAAUGGGAAUCUGGAAUCCCAAUGUGCACUUGGUCUCAUGUACUUUUAUGGACACGGCAUCCGCCAGAAUACUGAAGCUGCCCUGCAGUGUUUACGGGAAGCAGCAGAACGGGGAAAUGUCUAUGCUCAAGGGAACCUCGUGGAGUACUACUAUAAGAUGAAAUUCUUCACUAAGUGUGUCAUGUUUUCUAAAAGGAUUGCUGAAUAUGAUGAGGUUCAUGAUAUUCCCAUGAUAGCCGAGGUCACAGACUGUCUCCCAGAGUUCAUCACCAGAGGUAUUGCCAUGGCGUCUUUCUACCAUGCACGGUGUCUUCAGCUUGGCUUGGGUGUCACCAAGGAUGAAGCAGCUGCCAGGCAAUAUUAUUCUAAAGCUUGUCGGCUGAAUCCUGAACUGGCAGAUGAACUUCACUGUUUACUUAUUCGUCAGAGAAUUUAAACCAUAAUAUGUUUCAAAAGCAAUCAUCAGUCCUGACAAUAUACAACAUGUGUAUUUUUAUAGUAGCUAAGUUUGGUUAUUUUCACAUCUGGAGUUAAAUUAUCCUAUGUAUU